AUGGGCGAUGAAAGGGAAAUCGCGGACAUCACACUUCAACUACUGGCCAAAGCUGGAGAAAUUCAACGAAAGGAACAGGGCACGAUGCCUUCCGCAACAUUGGCAUCGAGACUCCGGUUUGGAGCGGCAACGAGCACUGGUCAGACCAGCUCGAAGGCCACGGCGGCGGAUAGCGGGGUAACACAUCGCCAAGGAUCGCACGAGCACAGAGGACGGCACAAAACUCUCCAAGACGCAUCUCCUGCCUCUGCCCAAUAUGCUGCGGAGGGCUCUCUGGGAGAUCAAGGUCUGCUACCACCCAUCACGCCUACCACAGAUACCAUGAAGAUCCUUGGUCCUCUACCAAUGCGGAGGGCUUGGAGGGUCAAAACCGAUAGGGCAUCACCAGAUAUCUCGCAGGCAUCUGUUCUAGAAGCAAUCAUGCUUCAUGAGCGAGGAGAGUUGCAAAGUUCUGGGGACGAAUGCCCCAAAUGUCGAAAGGGAGACGGUCUUUCGCCAGAGUGCGUCAAAAUGUCGAGCAUCUACAACGGCGCGUGCAGCAACUGCUUGAUAGCACGGGCGUUAGACCGCCCGGGUUCAUUAGCGAAACCGAUACGAAGCUAUUCAGCCGAACGGCGGUCUAUAUCAGCAACGAUAUCCCCUUCCAUUCCAAAGGAGGAUCUAAUCGCUGUAUGGAACCUUAUUGCGGGCGUGAUUGCAACGCAACCCCAGGAUUGCUUCACUGAAGACGGAUCAGAGCCACCGGGAAAGAAGAUUGAAGAUGCUGCUCGUUUAGUGGCCAGGUCGGCCGACGAAUGGGGUCAUACGAUCAAGGAUGAAGAAUCGGAUCCUGGGAAGACAUCCAAAACACCAUCAGAAAGAAGCAAACUCGUCAGACAGGCAACCCGAAUCCGAGGGACGGCCUUGCAGAUUGCGAAUUGCGCGAGGGUUUGGGGCGAAAAGUUGGAAAGAAAGAGAUCUUCUUCGCAACCCCGGAGGUGA